GGUUGCCUUGGUCCAGUUUUGACAGACUUCGACUUCAAUCAAGCUCCAAGUCACACUUCAACAGUUAGCAGAUGACAGCUCUUUUGUCGCCAAGAUGAUGAAGCUGAUUCUACUCGCUGCUCUCGUGGCUUUGACAGCAGCAGCCACUAGGUGGGACUCUGGGAGUAAAAAGACUCACUAUGGAUACCAACCAGGCGGAUAUGGAAAUGGCGACAACAGCUAUUAUGGUCAAAGGUACGGAUAUGGUGAUCGCAACGGAUAUCACCUGAACGGAUACAACAGCAACGAAGGAGGCUAUGGAUACAAAGGUGCUGGACACGGAAAGGCUCCAUACGGAGGAAAGAAGGGAUCAAUUACCCCGUGGGGGUUUUUGUGAAACUGAUGCUGAGGAUAACCUUCAUUCUGCAGUGUGCACAGCCGGAUAUGACGACAUCAACCACGUCACCCAUACCAAACAGUUCAUUGCUCAUAUAUCAUUCUAAAUAUCUUUACAGCUUUUGCCCAUAAAUAGAACAGUGCAAUUUGGGAACAUAUUCUGUAUUACAUGUAUGAAAUUUUACAUCGCUUAUGCAAUAAAAUAUAAUGAUGAAAUUGU